AUGGCACUAUCCCUCUUGUCUCACGAGAUAUCCGACAUAUGUAUCGGCAAACCGCCGCUACGCUGUCUCUCCGCCGCCGUAGCCACCGUCGCUGACGCCAUCGCCGCCCUCAAAUCCUCCGACGAGCCUUUCCUCAGCGUCUGGAGCUGUAAUCACGACGAAACCGAUGCUGACGACGACAACAAGAACAAGUGCGACUGCGAGUGUCUGGGUAAGAUCUGUAUGGCUGAUGUGAUCUGUUACAUCUCUAAAUUCGACAACAACGUCUUGUCUCUCUCCUCUGCAUUCGACGCAUCCGUCUCUGUUCUUCUCCUCCCCAAAUCCACCGUCGUCCACGUCGAUGCUUCCUCCACAUUAAUUGAAGCAAUCGAUUUGAUAAUCGGAGGAGCGCAGAAUCUGAUUGUUCCGAUUCAGACGAAAUCAAUCGCGACGAGAAGAAGAGAACAGAAGCUCCUGACGCGAAACGCCGUCGCUUCACUCACCACCACCACAACCACAACCACACACAAGAAUGGCCGCCAAUUCUGCUGGAUCACACAAGAAGACAUCAUCCGAUUCCUUCUCGACUCCAUCAGCGUCUUCUCUCCUCUACCGGCGAUUUCAAUCUCCGAUCUCGGCAUCAUCAACAGCACACACACUAUCCUCGCCGUCGAUUACUACUCCCCCGCCGCAUCCGCCGUCUCCGCGAUCUCCCGCGCCAUCUCCGACAAUAUCUCCGUCGCGGUUGUCGACGACGGUGGAUGCGAUCUAGAGGAUCCGCGCGUGGCUUUAAUCGGGGAGAUCUCGCCGAUGACACUCGCUUGCUGCGACGAGACCGCCGCGGCAGCUGUCGCGACACUCUCUGCCGGAAAUCUGAUGACGUACAUCGACGGUAGCGGUCCGCCGGAGAGUCUCGUCAGAUACGUCAGGAAUCUUCUGGAAGAGAAAGCGAUGGUGGGGUUGAUCUCGCUCGUCGAUUCCUUGUCGGGGUGUUCGUCCUCUUCCGACGAAGAGUCUCCGGCGGGGAGGACGAGGUCGUCUUCGUACGGGAGGUCGGUGAGUAGCGCGGCGAGGAAUGCGAGGAAGUCGGUGGCGAUAGUGUGCAACCGGAAGAGCUCGUUGAUGGCGGUGAUGAUUCAGGCGGUUACUCAGAGGGUGAGUUAUGUGUGGGUGACUGAUGAAGAUGGUUGUUUGAUUGGUAUGGUCACUUUUGUUGAUAUUUUGAAGCUUUUUAGGGGUUUUUUGAAUGAUAAUUUUGAUUUUUGUUAG